CAUCAACCUACCCGUGGCCCCCCUCUUACACUCUACCCCCGGCAUCUACCAUUUCCAGGGUCCUGAAGGCCUGAGAGUUACAACACCCGCUAAGACUUGAGUUCCAGUGUUCCAGAUUUCCAGGUUCAGGGGAACUCCGGCAACCCCUGUCUAAGCCAUAGAAAAGAGCUGGUCUCAGCUUUUUUACGAGUUUUUCUUUGCGGAGCGAACAGGUUCAGUUCCAGCUCACACACUACUUACUACUGCCAAUAUAACUAUCGUGUACUAUCCUCUACUACUAAAUUACACGACGCCUAAGGGUCUCCACAACAGCGGGCCAAUAUCUUAGAAUACGAAACGAAAUAACCAUUAUGUCUUUGGAACAAUCGCGACUACCGAAUGGACUAGACAAUAAUCAAAGACCCAUAGCUUCUAGAAAACCUGGUAAGGAUUCUCGAGAGCAAGUUCGUCUUAGCAUCGCAUCGUAUACGACCGCCGCAGAACAGCUGCCCGACGACGUUUUUACAGAUAUGGACGCCAUGGAAGGAACUGCGGUUAUGGAUGCCCGAGAGGUUACUAUUGAGGCCCCGAAAUUACCAGAGAGGAGUGCCCUCAGGGCAUCGAGGUUUAUAGAAUCCUUAAAACUUGACACGAUCGAACCGCCUACCACCGACCCGCACGAUGCAUACCUAUCUUCAGAGGAAGAUGCCUCUUCCUCUUCCAACGACUUUUCUGAUUAUGAAGGCGACUAUGACUCAGACAGCGACAUAUCGGAAGAAUCUCCAGUACGACGCGCGAGCAAGGAAGUCACCGCGAGAGCAGUUUCAGUGAUAUUUAUUGGAAGACCUUGUGUGGUGGACUUAGCAAGUGGCCGAAGAUCAGUGUCUCCUGUAAGGGGGCCUCGAUCAAGAGCCUCUACUACUUCAUCUUCCCGAACAGACUCAUUCGACAGCACGGCGAGCCACCCACCACGGAAGAGCAGCCUGGCAUCGACUGUAGAUUUGCCUAAGGAAAACCCGUCAUUCCUCAGCCAAGACCCUUUCGCUAGCGGCAACUACAAACUCGAGUCCGUCUCGAAGGAAGCUGCAUCAGCUGAUGCAAACCCUCGAGUACCGAAGACACCAACAAAAGCCUUUCACAGAUUUCAAAAGUCAUUAAGUUUGGUUAGGAAGAGAAGCCGACCCAAUCUUAAAGAUGCUAGCUACAGGGAUAGCAUGAGUUGGUCGCCCUCUACUACCGAUCUCUCAUCAUCUAGCCCGGACAUGUCGCGCGCAUCAGAGGAACAACAAGAACAGCCACAACGCCCCCAGCAACCGACGAGAUCUGAGACAGAGCCCACAGUUGCACCUGUGACGCCACCUCAGACACCGGUAACUUACAAUGACAUUAUGAAGCGGGCGCACCGAGAAUCUGCCCCGCGACUCCUCACCAAGCAACCACCUGCCCAACCAGUGUCGCCGAGCCCGAUAUCAGGCAAAAGGGGCUUAUUAAGUGGUCUUAACAUGAACCGAAGACGAAGCAUGCGCAUUAAGCCAUAAACAUUUUUACGUGUUUAACACUCUCCACUACUAUAUCAUACCUAUAUCAUUGCUUUCAUUUCAUGUUAAUCUACCAAUCAGUCUGGGGCAUGAGGUCUGGGAGAGGCAUUACAUCAAUCCAUCACAACAUAUCGGAGUUAGGUUUCGGGGCGCAUGGUUCUUUUUACUACUACUGCAACUGCAAUGCAAAUACGGACAGGCGAAUGGGAUGCAUGAAA